CCGGAGCCCGAGUGGUCAGUGAGACCAGACGGACAGACACACCCAGACAGCGUCUACAGACCUGUGCUUACAUCUCACACUACUAGAGCACCAGUCCUCACGAUGAAGAUAUCAGGUCGCACAUUUGUGAUCUCAGGCGGGGCAUCCGGCCUCGGCCGCGCAACAGCCGUCGAGCUGAACAAGGAGGGCGGCAACAUAGCCAUCCUCGACCUGAACGAGGACGCCGGCGCCGAGCUGGUGAAGCAGCUGGGCGGGCCGUCGCGGGCCAGGUUCUUUGCCGUGGACGUCACCGACACCGACAGCAUUGCCGCCGCGGCCAAGGGCACGGAGCAGUGGGUCCACGAGACGGGCAGCCCGCUGGGCGGCAUCAUCCCUGCCGCCGGCGUGGGCAACCCAGCACUCAUCCUCGACGGCAAAAACCGGCCCCUGAGCCUGCAGUCCCUCGACUUUGUGCUCAGCAUCAACCUGCGUGGCACCGUCGACCUGGUGCGGCAGUUCCUGCCGCAGCUGUCGCAGUCCCCGCCCCACGUCACCCCCUCGGGCGACAAGGAGCGCGGCGUGGUGAUCAUGGUGUCAUCUGCUGCUGCAUUCGACGGGCAGAUGGGCCAGGUCUCGUACGCGGCGUCCAAGGGCGCCGUGGCGUCCAUGACACUGCCCAUGACCAGGGACCUCUCGCGGCAUGGCAUCAGGGUGGUCACCAUCGCGCCGGGCACCUUCGAGACACCCAUGACCAGCGUGCUGAGCGACAAGGUCCGGACGAGCCUCGAAAAGGCUAUGGAAUUCCCCAAGCGAGGCGGCACCGCACCCGAGUUUGCGUCCUUGGCGAAGCAUUGCAUCGAAAACGUGAUGCUGAACGGAUGUGUGAUUAGGUUGGACGGAGGGGCAAGGAUGCCAAGCAGACUUUGAGCCAUAGCACUGCAAAGUCAUGAAAAUGAGGACAAAUUUGUUACAAUCGUGGCUGUACAUAAAGCGACAACAUGUCUACCAGGCCCCGCAUCGUCUCAACAAAAUCAUCUGCGUUCUGUAUCUGGAUCUUACAGGCG